AUUAAAUUGCAGUUAAAGACAUUCUACGUUGAGAUAGGGGAGCUCAACGACCGGCCAACCACGUGAAUUUCCCACCGACCACUGCAAAACUGCCCAUCUAAAAUAAAGAGAAUUCAGGUUUUGAUCGCUUUUUUGAAUAUUUUUUUUCUUCACGAGACUGCCUUUUGAUUAACCGGCACAGUCUCCGGUGCUUGCCCUUGGCUUCCGACCAUCCCUGGUGCCGGCGGCAUGGGCGCCCAGUGCUCGAGGCAAGUGCACCGCCGCAAGGCCUUGGCUUCCGAGAAGCGAGCUCUGCUCGACCUUCUUGAGUCCUCCGGCACCGAGUUCCCCGGAUCCGACCACCGCCCGGUCGACCGCAAGGCUUGGAUGUCAGCCCUCGGCCCCGGCGAGCUACGCCUCAACCAGAUCGUGUGGCCCGGAACCCAUGACUCCGCCACCGACUGCAUCGGCAUCCCCUGCAUCACCCGCCCCUUCGCCCAGUGCCAGUCCUCCUCCAUCUACCGCCAGCUCUGCCUUGGCGCCCGCCUCCUCGACGUCCGCGUCCAGAAAGAUCGACGGGUCUGCCACGGGCCCCUCGUAUCCUACCCCGUCGACCGCGUCCUCGACGCCGUCAAGCGCUUCCUCGAAGAAACAGAGCACGAGCUCGUCGUCCUCGAGCUCCGAACAGAGUUCGGACACGAGGACCCCCCGGACUUCGAUAAGUUCCUCGUCGACAACCUCGGCGACCUCCUCAUCCCCUACGACGACGCCAUCUUCGCCAAUACCAUCGCCGAGGUGCUUCCGGGCAGAGUGCUGUGCGUGUGGAAGCCGCGGAAGGCGGCGGCGCCGGGAGCCGGGAGCCCGUUAUGGGGGCCGGGGUGCCUGAUCGACCACUGGGUGGACACCGACCUUCCGAUGACCAAGUUCGAAAACAACAUGCGGCGGUUGGGAGAGCAGAAGGCGGUGACAGAGCGGAGGCACCUUUACCGGGUGGAGAACACGGCGACGCCGCAGGCGGAUAACCCGGUGGUGUGCGUGCGGCCGGUGACGAGGCGGAUACGCGGGUACGCGAGGCUGUUCAUCGCGCAGGCGUUCCAGAAGGGGAUCGCCGACCGGCUGCAGGUGCUGUCCACCGACUUCAUCGAUGUUGACUUCGUAGACGCGUGCGUGGGGUUGACGCUCGCGAGGAUCCAGGGGAAGGCGGCGUGAGCCUUCGUUUUACACCUUUUUUUUUAAAUCGACUAUAGAAUUAUAUGCAAUUACCAUACUUGGAAUAAAUCGGGCUACUAUGGCUCGUCAUAA